AGAUAUUUUGUUUUUUGAGGUUACCGCCAUAAAAACAACAUAACCUCACUUUUGAAGUCUUUAAAAUAUAAUCAUUGAUAUGGCUCAUCCAAAUGAAAUUUCUUACAGAGAUUUGAAUCCUUUCGAAGGAAUGAUUAUUGAGGAAGAUACGAUCUUAUCAGAACUUGAAGGACGAGCACCAUGUCCCAAAUGCAAUAAGUCAAGAAAAUACUAUUGCUAUAGCUGUUUUGUUCCUAUAGCAGAAUUGACUGGCAAAAUUCCCUACGUUAAGCUUCCGAUUAAAAUUGAUAUAAUAAAACACAAGCACGAAAUUGAUGGGAAAAGUACUUCUGGACAUGCUGCUGUAUUGGCACCAGAUGAUGUAAAAGUUUAUACCUACCCACAUAUCCCAGAUUAUACAAAAGAAAAAGUUGUUUUGGUGUUUCCUAGUUCGAAUGCAAUCACUAUACCUGAUUUACUAAGGCACGACGAUUAUCAAGAUCUUUUGAAUUUCAAACGACAGCCAUUAGAAGACAUACCAGAAGGAUACAACAGAUCAACUCUCCUCAAAAAAAUUAAUACAAACCAAGAGGUCAAAUUUGAAAUUGUGGAUAAAUUACCAAUUGAAAAAGUGGUGUUCAUUGAUAGUACAUGGAAUCAAAGUAAAAGCAUCUUCAAAGAUCCUAUUAUAAAUAAAAUUCCAUGUAUAGUUAUAUCCAACAGAAUUUCCCAAUUCUGGAGACAUCAGAAAGGAAGCCCUAGAUGGUAUUUAGCCACAAUAGAAGCCAUUCAUCAGUUUUUAAUCGAAGUUCACCUUCACAAGUGGGGCUUGGACAAAGAUUAUAAAGGCAUAUAUAAUUGCUUCAGUGAAAACACAUUUACAAACUUGGAAAAUUUGUAUAAUCUGAACGAAAAUGCUUAUAGGGGACAAUAUGAUAAUUUAUUAUUUUUCUUCAAGCAUAUGUAUGGCUUAAUUCAUACAUAUUAUGAUCACAAGGAUCUUUAUGCCUAUAAAAGACGAAUGAUGUGAAAAUAUUUCAUAUCCUAAAAAGAUAUAAGGUUAUGAAAUCGUUUUAAGGGAAAACGGAGAUGUAUACUUUGAAAGUUAUCAGGUUAUUAUUGUAUAUUACAAAUUAAAGUAUUGAACUUGUUAUUCCUGAAACACUAUGAUUUUGCAAACUGAAUUGAAUACUUUAAUAUAGAAAUAUUAUUAAAAAUGUUGGAUCUAAAGUAUUUUAUAUGCAAAAUUAAAACAUAAUUGUACAAUAAGUAUUUGUAUUAAAAAAAUUGAAUUAAUAUA